AUGUUUUCCCGUGGAGAGCUGCUCUCCUUGCCUGCUGCGCAUGCAUUUCUUACCGAGAGCGACACGGUCGGAAAACCCCUCUUAGGAGGGCCGUGGACGCUCGUCGACAUGCAAGGACGCGUGCGCGGCAGCGAAGAGUUUGAAGGAGCGUACCAGCUUCUUUAUUUCGGUUUCACAUUCUGCCCGGACAUCUGUCCUCAGGAACUCGAGAAGAUGGCACAGGUCAUUGAUAUUAUUGACAAGGAGUUCGGCGAAAUUGUCCAACCAAUCUUCAUCACUGUGGAUCCAAAACGUGAUACAGUCGCUCAGGUCAAGUCAUACUGCGAGGAAUUUCAUCCUCGCCUUCUCGGAUUCACUGGCACUCCAGCGCAGAUCAAGGAUGUAACACGCAAGUUCCGUGUCUACUAUAAUGAAGGCAUUAAAAGUUCGGACGCGGACUACCUUGUGGACCACUCUAUUAUUCAAUAUUUCAUGGGGAAGAAUGGCAAGUUCAAGGACUUCUUUGGAAAGAAUAUGACGGUCAAAGAAAUCGCCGAGCGAAUCGCUAAACACAUCAAGCAGGACAAAGCACGGGCGGAGAAGAAACGCGGAUGA